AUGUUCAAAGUGAACAAUCUAGUGAUCCUUUCCCUUCUAGUGGGAGCCACUUCUGGCUUUGUCACUCCUUCUGCUGUCAGCCGUCCGUCUCUCGCAGUUGGCAGCAGUACUGUCGAAGAUGCCACCUUUACUUCCGAAGGUGCCAAGAAACAAAUUGGAAACGAUUCCUUCUUGAACCAAGAUCUCAUGUCCCGUGCUCAAAAUGGACCCGGCAAGAAGAACGAAGAAUCUCUCAAAAUUGGUAUCGUUGGUGCUGGUUUGGCUGGUAUGGUUGCUGCCAUGGAUUUGGCCGAUGCUGGACACGAGGUGGAAAUGUUUGAAUUGAGACCCUUUGUGGGUGGCAAGGUUUCGUCGUGGCAAGACAAGGACGGAAAUCAUAUUGAAAUGGGACUUCAUGUCUUCUUUGGAUGCUACUACAACUUGUUUGGAAUCAUGAAGCGAACUGGUGGGUUCGAUAAGAACUUGCGCAUUAAGGAACACAUUCACACCUUUGUCAAUGAGGGUGGCAAGUUGGGUGCUCUUGAUUUCCAGUUUCCCAUUGGAGCUCCCGUCAGUGGAUUGCAAGCCUUUGCCAGGACAGAACAAUUGGGAGUGGAAGAUAAGUUCCACAAUGCUCUGCGACUAGGUACUUCUCCCAUUGUCCGCGCUCUUGUGGAUUUUGACGGAGGCAUGGACAUGGUUCGCGAACUGGAUGAAAUUACCUUUACCGAAUGGUUCACCCAACUGGGUGGAUCUCGUGGAUCUUUGGAUCGUAUGUGGGAUGCCAUUGCCUAUGCUUUGGGAUUCUUGGAUUGCGAUACCAUCAGCGCUCGCUGCAUGUUGACCAUUUUCAUGUUGUUUGCCAUUCGUACCGAAGCCUCUGUCUUGCGCAUGUUGGAUGGAUCUCCUCAAACUGGAUUGCACGAUCCCAUCAUCAAGUACUUGGAAGACCGCAACGUCAAGAUCAAUCUCAGUACUGGCUGUCGUGACAUUGUUCACGACCUCGAUCCCGAGACUGGUCUUCCCACUCGCGUCCGUGGUAUCAAGGUUGGACAAAAGGAAGAAUUGAAGGAAUUCGAUGCCGUGAUUGCCGCCCUCGAUGUUCCAGGAGUCAAAAAGGUCUUGCCUGAAAACUUCCGCAAGUACGAUUUCUUUGACAAGAUCUACAACUUGGACACUGUCCCUAUUGCUACUGUCCAAGUCCGCUUUGAUGGAUGGGUUACCGAACUCAACGAUGAAGCCCGCAUGAUGGAUAUCUCUGGCGACCAAAGUGAUGGCCGUGGAGGAGGAAUUGACAACUUGCUAUACAGUGUCGAUACUGAAUUCUCUUGCUUUGCCGAUUUGGCCGUUACCAGUCCAGGAGACUACUACAAGGAGGGUGAGGGAUCCUUGAUCCAAGCCGUCUUUGAUGAACGUGCCACCGGCCGAUCCAACGAACAAUUGGUCGAAGACUGCAUCAACCAAUUGCACAAAAUCUUCCCAUCUUCCAAAAAGCUCAACUGCACUUGGUCCAAUGUUGUCAAGCUCGGACAAUCCUUGUAUCGCGAAAAGGUUGGCCAAGAUAAAUUUCGCCCAACCCAAGCCACUCCAAUUUCCAACUUCUUCUUGGCCGGAUCGUAUACGUACCAAGAUUACUUGGAUUCCAUGGAGGGUGCGACACGAUCUGGUCUCAUGGUGGCUGAUGAAAUCAUUGCCCGUGCCGAUGGACCCACUGGUUUGAAGUCUCUUUCCCGAGCUGCCAAGGCUUUGGAGGAUGCUGCACCAGCAAAGAAGGCACCAUUCUUUGCCAAGGAGUAA